UAUAUAUUAAAGGAGACAAAAAUGCUGAUAGGAAAGUACACAUAUACUGAUUGUGAGUAAUAUAGACGAAAUACGAAACGAUGCAAGAGAUUGUACUGCGCAAACGCGUCAAUUCUUUUGACAGCGACCGCUUGUAUAUUUAAAGAGGUUUCGCCAUUAUUAAAUGUCAGUAAUAAACGGAAUUUGUUACACGAUGGUAAGCUUUCUUAUCGGUACUACCAUCAUCACUGCUGCUACGUGCAUAUUAUAAAACCUUUAAGGGGAAAACGCGUGGUGGUAUUGUGAAAAAGAAUAAAAUAAAAAAGAAAGCCCAAAAAAAAGACAACAAAUAACUGAAAGUUAUGCUACUUAAAAUCAAACAAUUUCAACUGCAUAAGCAUCGACGAAUCAAGAUCCACGCUACUAGCGUUAAUAAAUUUAAAUAACGAUCUAUUUUCAGAGUCACAAGGCUGUUAUAAGGUUUAUAAAAAAGGUAUUAAUAAGAUAGUAGAUGUGCAUGGAAGUGUCAUCUCUUGCAUCUUACUUCUUAGUUAUUUUAAUAUUACUUCAUAUAUAUUUUUUUGUCUUGAUUUAUUAUUACAUACUUAAAACUUGAUCCCAGAAUAAAUAUAAGUUCUGACAAUCGAGUUAAGAAGAAUAAACGUAAGAGGAAAUAGUAUCUGGUCUGCAAACAUUCAUUAUUUUAUUUAAAAUCUUAUAUACUUUUCCUGAGGUUCAUCUCCUUUAAAAGAUUAUUCAUUUAACAAAUGCAUAUUCUGCGAAAAUUAUUCGGCAGGUAUCUUCUUAUUACAAAUACUGUUAGCUGUGGUUUGAUGAUGGCAGCUGGAGAUUUGAUACAACAACGUAGAGAACAUUGGAAAAGAUAUCGUUAUGAAAAUUAUUUUUCAACUGGUGGUACUGCUCGCGUUAUUGCAGCAUCCCCAGAGGAAGAUGCAACAUUAGAAGAAGAGGAAAAUAAGGCUAUGGAUGUUGCUACCUUAUACGAACAUAAUUAUGUUCGAACGAGAAACAUGACAUUAGUAGGUCUGAUUCAAGGACCCUUUCAUCAUUGUUUCUAUGGUCUACUUGAAAAAAUAGCACCUGGAAAAAAUGCCAAAUCCAUUAUAAAAAAGACUUGUCUAGAUCAAUUAAUCGCUAGUCCUGCGUGUCUUAUUAUAUUUUUCGGUGGUCUUGGUCUAAUGGAACGUGACAAAGUUGAAGAAGCUUAUAGAGAAAUUAAAGUGAAGUUGAUAGAAGCUUGGAAAGUUGACUGCUGUUUCUGGCCACCGGCUCAAUGUGUUAACUUUAUAUUCGUUCCUUUACAAUAUAGAGUACUUUACAUAAACGUUAUGACUAUGUUGUACGACGUUUUUCUAUCGUACAUUAAAUACGAUGCUCACAAUGAUUGACGAGAAACUUGUAUAGUAUUAUAAAUAUAAAUAUAAAUAUAGUUAGAUAUUUACAUACUAAUAUGUAUAUAUAUAUAUAAAUAAUGUA